AUGCUGAGAGUCCAGAAAAAGGGUUACUUUGGGAUUUGGUCAUUCCCUUUAAUAAUAGCUGCGGUGUGUGCACAGAGUGUCAAUGACCCUAGUAAUAUGUCACUGGUGAAAGAGACCGUGGAUAGACUGCUGAAGGGCUAUGAUAUUCGCUUGAGACCAGAUUUUGGAGGUCCCCCGGUGGCCGUGGGCAUGAACAUAGACAUUGCCAGUAUAGAUAUGGUCUCGGAAGUCAAUAUGGACUAUACCUUGACAAUGUACUUCCAGCAAGCGUGGAGGGAUAAGAGGCUGUCCUAUAACGUAAUACCUCUAAACCUUACUCUGGACAACAGAGUAGCUGAUCAGCUCUGGGUGCCCGAUACCUACUUCCUAAAUGACAAGAAGUCUUUUGUUCAUGGUGUGACUGUGAAGAACAGAAUGAUUCGUUUGCAUCCAGAUGGAACAGUCCUUUAUGGACUCAGAAUUACAACAACAGCUGCUUGUAUGAUGGACCUGAGGAGAUACCCACUGGAUGAGCAGAACUGCACGCUGGAGAUUGAAAGCUAUGGCUAUACAACAGAUGACAUUGAAUUUUAUUGGCGUGGGGGUGAUAAUGCAGUCACAGGAGUGACAAAGAUCGAACUGCCACAGUUCUCCAUUGUAGACUACAAGCUUAUCACCAAGAAUGUUGUUUUCUCUACAGGUGCCUACCCAAGGCUGUCUCUCAGCUUUAAACUUAAGAGAAACAUUGGUUACUUCAUUCUGCAGACCUACAUGCCUUCUAUUCUGAUCACUAUCCUGUCCUGGGUUUCCUUCUGGAUUAAUUAUGAUGCUUCAGCUGCAAGAGUUGCUUUAGGAAUCACAACUGUGCUCACAAUGACAACGAUAAACACCCAUCUUCGAGAGACUCUUCCCAAAAUUCCAUAUGUGAAAGCCAUUGAUAUGUACCUUAUGGGGUGUUUUGUCUUCGUUUUCAUGGCUCUGCUGGAGUAUGCAUUGGUCAACUACAUCUUCUUUGGGAGGGGACCUCAGCGCCAAAAGAAAGCAGCAGAAAAGGCUGCCAGUGCCAACAAUGAGAAGUUGCGAAUGGAUGUCAAUAAGGUAAACUACCAAGAGGGGAAACAGAACAAACCAUUUUCAGUGCAAUAUAAAACCAUAAAUGUGCAUUACAACAUCUCCCCCUUUUUUUAUACUGUUUCCACUCCAUUUUCUCUUUUUGAUAUGGAUCCACAUGAAAAUAUUUUGCUGAGCACACUUGAAAUUAAAAAUGAGAUGGCUGCCUCUGAGGCUGUGAUGGGGCUUGGGGACCCUAGGAGCACAAUGCUGGCCUAUGACACUUCGAGUAUCCAGUACCGGAAAGCCGGUUUGCCCAGGCACAGCUUCGGCCGCAACGCCCUGGAGCGACACGUGGCACAGAAGAAAAGCAGGCUACGGAGACGUGCGUCCCAGCUGAAAAUCACCAUCCCUGACUUGACUGAUGUAAAUGCCAUAGAUCGAUGGUCUCGCAUAUUCUUCCCCGUUGUCUUUUCCUUCUUCAAUAUUGUCUAUUGGCUUUACUAUGUGAACUAA